UGCACGCUCUGCGUCGAGAUGGAGGGAGGAGGGCGCCUCGACCUAGACGCGCUGCUCAGGCAGUACAGGGCCGAGGAGGUCGAGGCGGCGCCGGCGUUCCUGGAGGCGUUCGACGAGAUCCGCGCAGACGACGCGGAGUUCGACCACAUCCGCGCAGACGACGCGGAGGUCAUCGACGCGAUCGAGGCCGCGCUGCUGGACGACGUCGCCGAGCAGCCUGGCAUCAAGCGGUCCCGCCGCGAGUGGGCAGCUCACGCCAGGGCGGCGAAGAGCAAGAAGAUGACCGACAAGCUUCGUCGGGACAUCAAG